AUGUCGCUGAAUCUGUUUGACAUUCCCAACAUUGACUAUAGGUAUGAAGCCAAACGGUGGAUUCCUUUCAAACUGGCUAAUACUGGAACACGCCCUAUUCUUUUUACAGUACCGGCAGGGGAUGAUUAUUAUGAUUUGAAUGAAACCAAGCUAGAAAUCAAAGUGCGUAUGAACACCACAGGGACAGGAGGACUUUCCAAUGAUGAAGCAGGGGCUUCGGAUGGUAAUGAUACCAAAUAUGUCUAUUGCGUCAACAAUUUUGGUCAUUCUCUCUUUAAUCAAAUGAAUGUGUCUUUCAAUGGAGUGUUGAUGACAGAACAAAGCAAUGCCUAUCACCAGAAAGCUUACCUAGAAACCCUACAGAAUUUUUAUCAUCAAGAAAGAGAAACGACCUUGGCCGCUCAAGGAUGGGUGAAUGAACUCAAUGUCCUUGAAGAAUUUACCCCUACCAAUGCAGGCACUAAUGAUAAACCCAACCCCAACAACUGGAGUGGAAAAACAGGCUUGAAAGCACUCACCAGUCGUUUAAACCCCACAUCGCCGUGUUCAAAACAGGCAAAUGUUUGGUUCCUAACAUGCAGACUGAUCUGGAAUUGUAUUUGA